CGAGAUUGUCUUCUCUCGUGAAGCUCCAUCCCGUUAGCUUCAUCAUGGCUUCGUCCGGUGAGAUCAGCAUCGACGACGCUCCCCCCACCUACAAGUCGUUUGUGUGGCAGCACUUCGGAUACCCGGUAGUGACGGUAAAUGGAGCCAGGGUGACGGACAGAACCCGAACCAUCUGUAAGCACUGCAAGAAGAUCUCUCCCUACACCUCGGCUAACACUAGCACUAUGCAAAGACACCUACAGAACCACCACAGAUCCGUGUUAGAACAACACGAGCCUCAACAGAACCAGAACCACAGACGUCUGCGGAGCCACCGCAGGUCUCAGGUUAAACCCGCAGCGGCCGUGGUGCCGAGGGAACCGAGCCGACGCGCAGACCCGCCCCAGCCCCCGCAGCUAACCGACAGAGCCGCCGAGAUCACACGGGACAUCGGUAUUUUCAUCGCGGCCGACCUGUCGCCAUUUUCUGUUGUGGAGAACCUGGGCUUCAAGCGGCUCCUCAACACGCUGGAGCCCAACUACACCAUCCCGACCCGCGGCCAUUUCUCCACCACGGUGGUUCCGAACCUGUACGCGGAGUGCAGGACCAGGGUGGUGCAGGUUCUAAAGAGCGCGGAAAGCAUCGCAGUGACGACCGAAGCCUGGACUUUCAGGGGUACGCUGAGCUACGUCACGGUUACGGCUCGCGCCACGAGCAGCGCGUGGGAAACCGUGAACGUUGUGCUCCGAACUCGCCCGCUGUUGGACUCGAACAAGGAAGCCAACAUGAUGGAGGUGCUGAUAGAGGCUGUCUCUGAGUGGCAGCUUCGGAGGCAAAACCGUAGUAUCGCCAUCGUAACCAAUGACGUAGGUAACCCGGAAGUAGCGCUACGCCAGGCCGGGCUGGAGCCCCGCAUCCAGUGCUUUGCCCACACUGUGAACCUGGCCAUCCGGGCUGGCCUCGCUGUGACGCGGGUUAGCGCGCUGCUGGAGCGCGUGAGGCGUGUUGUCUCCGUGUUUCACCAGAACCCCACCACCGCCGCCGUGCUGAAGUCCAAGCAGAAGCUGCUGCAGCUGCCGUGCCACGACCUGAUCACUGACGUCAGCACGAGGUGGAACAGCACGCUGGACAUGCUGAGCCGCUACCUGGAGCAGCAGRCCGCCAUCGCCGCGGUUCUCAGCAGCCCGUACCUCAGACUCAGCGUCCAGAUCGAUGCACUGGACAGCAGCGACACCCGGGAAGCAGAAGACCUGGUGAGGCUGCUGAUGCCCCUGAAGACCGUGACCACGGUCCUGUGUGAGGAGAGAAACCCCGCGGUGUCCCUCAUUGUGCCGCUGAAGAGCAUGAUAGAGCAGAGCAUGAGCCCACACCAUGAUGACUCCACCACUGUGGCCGACACGAAGAGAGCCAUCCUCAACAACAUUUCAGGCACUUACAGUGGAGCCCUGAAUGACUUCCUGCUGGAGUGCACAGCGCUGGACCCAAGGUUCCGGACCCUGUCCCUGCUGGACCACAACCAGCGGGAGGACGUCUUCCUGAGGGUCCAGAAGAAAGUUCAGCAGCUGCAAACUCAGACCACUGCUGCCAGGGAGACAGAGCAGAGGGCAGAAGAGGCUUCCUUGUUACAUGGAGACAACUGGGCUCUGAAAACUGAGUCUGAUGGACCAGAGUCCAAGAUGACAGCACUCGAGUGUCUGAUGGGGGACUGUUUCUCAGCUGAGCCAGACUGGUCAAACGGUCCAGAACAGAUCUACAGGGAGAUUGAACAGUACAGGAGGGAGGGGUCCAYCCCUCUCAGCAGCUGCCCCCUGAGGUGGUGGAGAGAAAACGCUCCUCAGUAUCCUCUGCUGUCUCAGCUUGCCAAAGUGUGCCUGUCUAUCCCUGGUACCUCCGUCCCAAGUCCACGAGUCUUUUCUGCUGCAGGAGACAUCAUCAACGCCCAAAGGUCUCAGCUUCAGCCAGAACACCUAGACAUGCUGAUUUUCCUGAACCAGAACAUGAGCGUGUAACGGGCUUGGCUGGACCACCUGUAUAGAAAAGCCUGCUCGCCCUCUGCUGCCUUCUGUAAUAUUAAGAUUCUUGUUUUGUUUUUUUGUACAGAAAGUUCAUAUCAGGCCGUCUUACUUUGUUACAGAUUGUWGCAAAACCUCUUAGCGCUUAAUAAAAGGAUUUUGUCCAGUAUAUAUUGUUUUUUAUUUUUCAUCUCAUAUUUUCAUGAGCUGAAUGUGACAUCCGUGUUCAACACUGUGGACCAUAGCCCUCUCCAGAACCAGAACCAGAACUAGAACCAGGAUACAAACGCCAGCAGCCUGUAGGAACUUUGGACUUAUUUUAAAUAAGAGAGAGGAUUCCAGAAGACUUAUCAUGAGCAGCAACAGGAAGUGAUGUCAGAGAGGAACGCCUGUAUGUAACGUGUUGCUACAACAGACAGGAGAGGAGAAACWGAGUCAAGUUCUCCUUUGUUUCCACUUCCUGGUGCUUUUUACUAAACCAAGUUUAAAACAAAAACAAGUUAUUUGAAAAAAAUGCUUUUAUAUCAUGUAUUACAAAGUGGUUAAGCUGU